AUGACAAAAUUUACAACAUUAGAAGAAAUUGAAGCUGAAUAUCCAGAACGUGAAAAUGAAACUGUAAAAGAAAGAAAACAAAGGCAAUAUGUAAACCUUAAUGAAGAACUUGCAAAUGCCAAAAAAAGGAUUUAUAUAUUUAGAAUUCAAGGUGAAUUAUAUUAUCAGAUUGGUGGUCUAAUGCUAAGAAAUGAUAAUCAAAAACUAACAUUUGAUCAAAUUUACUUUUAUAAUUUAAAUAUGAAUAAUCAACUUCAAAGAAGACAAGAAAUAUUUUCAAAUUUGAAUGCUGAAAUGCUCAAAAUAUUACAAGAUGAAUUAUCAGUAAACAAUCCAUUUGUUGAGCAAUUUGUAACCUCAGGAGUUAAAGCCAAAAGUGAAUCUAAUAAUUUACAAUGA